AUGUCGACGAUUAAUUUGCCAUUAAAUUUAACCGUACGCGUGCAUCCGGUAGUGCUGUUCCAGAUUGUGGAUGCCUACGAACGUCGUAAUGCUGAUUCGGAACGUGUGAUCGGCACACUGCUCGGCUCCGUGGACAAAGGUGUCGUCGAGGUAACGAAUUGCUUCUGUUUACCGCACAAGGAACACACGGACCAGGUGGAGGCCGAACUGGGCUAUGCGACCGAUCUGUACGAGUUGAACCAGCGUGUCAAUGCGUCUGAAAACAUCGUCGGCUGGUGGGCAUCGGGCCAGGAGGUUACAAACCACAGCUCCGUCAUCCAUGAGUAUUAUGCGCGGGAGUGUUUGAACCCGGUCCAUCUAACGUUGGAUACCUCUCUGACCGGUGCCAGAAUGGGCAUCAAGGCGUACGUGUGCGUACCGCUGGGCAUUCCCGGUGGCAAGAGCGGAUGCAUGUUCACGCCAAUCAACGUGGAGGUGACCAGCUACGAGCCGGAAAUUGUCGGACUGCAGCUGUGCAUGAAGACGAUCGGCAUGCAGCCGAACCCGAACCGUCCAUCGACGGUAUCGCCCAUGCUCGAUUUGGCCCAGGUAACCGAUGCGUCGGAUAAACUGUUGGCCCUGCUUGCCGAUGUGCUGGCCUACGUGGAGGAUGUGCUGAACGGAAAGCAGCAACCGGAGAACACGGUCGGCCGUGCGUUGCUCGAUCUGAUUCACUCCGUACCGAACAUGACCGGUGAUCAAUUUGCGCAAAUGUUCAACUCAAACGUCAAGGAUCUGUUAAUGGUGGUCACGUUGUCUCAGCUAAUUAAAACUCAACUGCAAUUGAAUGAAAAGCUAACGUCACUCACAUCGUUCCUGAACUAAAAGUGCAGCAG